AUGAAAAAAACAAAAGAUAGAGAUGAGAAAAUAGAAGCUGGUUUAAAUUCUAGUGAUGAUUUAGAUGCAGAAUUGGAAGAAAUUAUUGAAAAUAAAGUAGAAUUUAAUGAAAAAAAUGAAUUUUUGGCAAAAGAAAGAUUUGUAUAGGAUAUUGUUUCAAAAGAAAGGGAAGAAAUUAAAGGUAUUAUAAAAGGAAUAUGUAAUGGGUAUUAAGGAAAGAAAAGAAAUUUGUAAAAUUUAAAUAAUGAUUUAAAUGAAAGUGAAAGUAGUUUUGAAGAAAGAAGAAAACAAAGAAUUAUAAGAGCUUUUGAAGAAAUAUAAGAAAAAGAAAAACUAACCUAAUUCUAUGUUAAAUUUAAAAAAGAAAAAUGA